AAAUUUCUGAAUCUGAGUUAUUUCAAAGGCAUCGAGAAAGAGAAGAAAAGCAAAAGGGGGAAAAAAAGAAAAAAAAACUAGGGUUUGAAAAAUGUCGAAACCAUGGGGAGGAGGGAUAGGAGCAUGGGCAGAAGAAGCAGAGAGAGCAGAUGCAGAAGAACGCGAACAAAGAUUAGCAGCAGCAGCUGCAGGAGGAACAAAAGUUGUUGAUACAGCAAGUUUUCCUAGUUUGAAAGAUGCAGUAUCAACAAAACCUAAAAAAAAGAAACCGCAAACAAUGAGUUUAUCACAAUUUGCAUCAGGUAAUUACGAAGCACCAGGUGGUAGAAGAGAUUAUGGUUAUGAAUCUAAAGGCUUAACUACAGAUGAGUUGUUAAGGUUACCAACUGGACCUAAAGAAAGGUCUGCUGAAGAAAUGGAUUAUAGAGGUGGUUUAGGUGGUGGAUUCAAAUCUUAUGGUGGUAGAGGUGGUGGUGGAGGGGAUUAUCCGAGGAGAGGUGGUGGUGAUUCAGAUGGAUCUUGGGGUGGCGGUGGCGGUGGCGGUGGCGGUGGUGGAAAUAGGAGAUCUUAUGGAGGAGGAUAUGAUGAUGAAAGAAGAGGACCACCACCUAGGGUUUCUGAAUAUGAUCAACCAUCUAGGGCAGAUGAAGUUGAUAAUUGGGCAAGAGGGAAAAAACCAAUGAUGUCUUCAUUUGAUUCAAGAGAUGACCGUUCUUCAAGAAAUGAUAGAAAUGACAGAUAUAGUUCGCUUGGAGGUGGUUCUAGGGCAGAUGAAGUUGAUAAUUGGGCUAUGGGUAAAAAACCAUUACCUACUUCUACUACUAGGACUAGUAGUUUUGGUUCUGGUUUUGGGAGGGAUUUGAGUGGUCCUGAACCUGAUAGAUGGACUAGGGGAGUAGCAUUGCCGCCACCUCGUGAUGGCGGCGGUGGUGGUGAGAGAACUAAAAUGGUUUUUAAUCCACCUAGUGUUAUGGAAGGUGGUGCUUUGAAUGAGCCUGCUAAAUCGGCAAGGCCUAGUCCAUUUGGUGUGGCUCGUCCUAGGGAAGAGAUAUUGGCUGGAAAGGGUUUGGACUGGAAGAAAUUGGACGCCGAGAUUGAUGCGAAAAAAACGACUAGUCGGCCGACAAGUGCUCAUUCUAGUCGGCCGACAAGUUCCUCAAGCAGGCCUCAGAGUCCAGCUGUAGAGGUGGUGGAAGGAGCACCAAAACCACGACCAAAGGUCAACCCUUUUGGGGAUGCUAAGCCUCGAGAGGUAUUGCUUCAAGAACAAGGAAAGGAUUGGAGGAAAAUGGAUUUAGAAUUGGAGCAUCGUGGGAUUGAUAGGCCAGAGAUGGAGGAGGAAAAGCUGCUUAAAGAAGAAAUAGACAAUCUGAAGAAGGAACUAGAGAAAGAAGCUGCCAUAAAUGGAAAUGGUGAAUCUGUAGAAGGUUCUGGUGCAGAAAAUAGUAGCCUUUCAGACAUACUACUUGGCAAAGAAAAGGAUUUGGAACUUUUGAUUCGCGAGCUAGAUGAUAAAGUCAGAUUUGGUCAGAAAGCAGCCAGUGAAAGGCCUGGCUCUGGAGCAGGCAGGGUUGUCGGCUAUCCAGAUCAGAGGCCACCCUCACAGUCUGGCAGGUCAGAGGACUCAAGAAAUAUGGAAUUCAUGGACAGGCCUCGGUCUCGUGGAACUGGAGCUGAGUGGGCAAGGCCAGUAGAAGAUAGAAGAGGUUUUCAGGGUGGAAGGGGGCGAGGAGGAGGAUUCCUUGGUAACAGAGACAUGGAUAGGUCCAGGGGAGGGGAUAGGUGGUAAAGGAGGCUGUUGGUGUGAAUUCAUUCGGAUUUGAAGUUUCUUCGUUAUUUUUUGACACCAAAACCUGACCUGAGAAUGUUUUUUGGUUUUCCCCUUUUCCUUUUUAUUUUCUCUCUCUUUUUAGUGUUUCCUUGUUUAAUUUUCUUUCUGGUUUUUGCACUGCCAUAGUGGGGGAGAGAACUGAGUCGGGAAAAAUCAGGAUUAACUUGAAUCCAUUUUGCAUAAUUUAUUAGUUACGCCUCCAGAUACAGUGUAAAGAAAAAUUUGACAUUUGCCCUCAUGUUGAGGCAAGCAGACCUUGUACCGUUUUGGAUCAAACUCAGUUAAUUUAAAAACGGUGUGUUCUUCAUUUCUGGAGUUCGUUUUGGA